AUGUCAGGCCUGCCAGAAGAUGUCUACCAUGAAAUCCUUUCAAGGGUACCUGCAAAAUCCACAUUAAUCUGUAAGUAUGUCUGCAAAACUUGGUUUUCUAUAAUCUCUAAACCUAAGUUUGUCAAACUGCACCUUCAUCGUACUAUCCAUAAAAACGAUUCCAAGCUCAUGUUUUUGAUUAAUGACUAUAUUAAGCUAGACUAUACCCUAGUUAGUUCCAUAAGUUAUGAUUUAUCAUAUUCUUCGUUAUCAUCAUCGUCAUCAAUAGAUAAUGAUUGUGGUGAUGCUAUUCUUGAAUUACAUCGGCCAUUCCAUGAUUCAGCUGCUGCUUAUUAUCCAUAUUGCAUUCAGGGUUCUUGUAAUGGUUUGAUUUGCAUGGCGAUGUAUCACGUUGACGCAAUUACUGGUGUUGUUGUGCCAUUGCUUGUAGUUUGGAACCCAACAACUAGAGAAUGCAAGAUAUUACCCAAAUCACAAUUUGGAAUUGUAAGCUGCCGACGAUCUAUUUAUUCAUUCGGUUAUGAUCAUAAGGGAGACAACUACAAGUUGGUAAAGAUUGUAAAACUGAAAGGAAGUAAAGAUGGUUCAGUAAACAUACGAGGGAGUGAGGAUGGUUAUGUUACUGAAAUGUAUACGUUACGGUCAGAUUCAUGGAGAAGCAUUGACACGCCAUGCCUUAUAUGUUUCCUUCGGUCGCUUAUGAUAGUAAAUCUGGGGUGCUUGUUAAUGGAGCUCGUCAUUGGUUAG